UGCUCGGUGCAGCUGCCGCCCGGCGCUUGCGCACUGGGCCCCGGGCGCGCGGCGGCACCAGGCUUUGUGUGUGUAUGUGUGUGUGAGUGUGUGUGUGUGAGUGUCUGUGUGUGUGAGUGAGUGAGCGGGCGGGCGCGAGUGUGGCCGCCGCGGAGCGCGAGCAGGACCCGGCGGGCGCGCUCCCCAGCCUCUCUCUCCCCGCCAGAACCAUGUCGGGCAGGUCGGUUCGAGCCGAGACCAGGAGCCGCGCCAAAGAUGAUAUCAAGAGGGUCAUGGCGGCUAUCGAGAAAGUGCGCAAAUGGGAGAAGAAGUGGGUGACUGUGGGUGACACAUCCCUGCGAAUCUACAAGUGGGUCCCUGUGACUGAGCCAAAGGUUGAUGAUAAAAACAAGAAUAAGAAAAAGGGCAAAGAUGAGAAGUGUGGCUCAGAAGUGACCACUCCGGAGAACAGCUCCUCCCCAGGGAUGAUGGACAUGCACGAUGAUAACAGCAACCAGAGCUCCAUAGCAGAUGCCUCCCCCAUCAAACAGGAGAACAGCAGCAACUCAAGCCCUGCCCCGGAGCCCAACUCGGCUGUGCCCGGCGAUGGCACCGACGCUAAGGCAGAUGAGGCCCAGGCCGAUGGGAAGGAGCUCCCAGGGGCUGAAGAUGCUUCUGAUGAGCAGAAUUCACAGUCUUCAAUGGAAAACUCGAUGAACAGUUCAGAAAAAGUCGAACGGCAGCCAUCUGGAGACGCGGGGCUAGCUGCAGAGACGUCCACAAUCUCUCAGGUACCUCGAUCGAGGUCUCAGAGGGGCAGCCAGAUCGGCCGGGAGCCCGCUGGGGUGUCGGGGGAUUUGGAAGGAGUGCCGCCCUCUAAAAAGAUGAAACUGGAGGCUUCGCAACAGAGCUCCGAGGACAUGUAGACGCUGAGGUCAGUCCUCCGACCCACGUUUCACGGGAGAUACAUCAGCAGGCUUCAUUCUAGAACAACUUCACCCGAGCGCCUCCUCUCGGGUGCAGACAGAACUACUAACUUUUCACGUUUACCAAGUGCAAAUCCAAGAAAACCUAGAACGGCGUGACUUCUCAGACACUGAAGAACUUUCUGCUGUGAAGCAAAACACUCGAGUCUGGAAGUGACUGUCCUUGGGAAGCGGGGCCGACAGCUCAGGAGUGUCUGCACACUGUCUCUGAAGCCAAGAUUUCAUUUGUGUUGCUGCUGUAUUGUUUUUUUUCCACUUCUCUAUUUAACGAUAUAAGCUAUUUGAGGGUGGUACCCAUCAGGAAUCUGCUUUUCGUCGGGGCUCUUCACUGUUCAACCGAUUCCUUCCGCUUUCUUUUUUUGUGCCUUGUGCCCUUGAGGUGACCUCUGGCACGUUUUCCUGGUUGUUUUGCAUCUCCCUUUGCCAAGUGCCCUCUCGGUUUUGUUCCGGUGGGCGCUGUCACCGUCCUCCUGCCCUCCCUGCCCCAGGACCUUUGAGCGGAGCGGAGCAGGCAGGGAGGAGGAGAGCCCGAGGCCGCCUGACUUCCACGUACCCUGAGCCCUGGGUAGGGGGCAACACCAGCCUCCAGGGUCCAGGGAGUCUCAGAUGUCAGGGCACUGUCCCCAAGGGCUGGCCACUCCGUAUGGUCUCGCUUCCUCGGGGCAUCUGAGGCUGGUAUUUCCAAGCCCACAGCGGCCCAGACAGACACACAGAGCCCUUAGAUGGUUCUGGCACUUCCACCCUCUGCCUCCACCAUACCGCUUUCUCUCACACCUCCGAAGACAAAAUGGCUUCUGUGGCUGACUGCAGGAUUGUCUCCUUCAGACGGUAAAAGGGCUGAGGAGGCUGGGAGCAGGUGGCAGGAAUAGCUGGUGCUGAACUUCUCUCGUAGGACGUUGCUUGGAUUUCAAAUCCACAGCAACCUGCCAUCCUCUGCCCCCCAGCGCCCCCAGCCCCGCCCCAGGGAGGCGAGACGGCCGUUGGCUGAAAUCCACUUGCUUCUGCACUGUUCCUGACUCUCAGAGCCAACAGUUAGAUCGGGUCUCAUUCCCAGGAUGUGCCGACGGUCCCCACAGGGGAUCGGGGCCUUGAGGGUUUGGCCUUGAAGGCCAGAAACAAGGCACCAAGAAGCUGGAAAGCUUUGCACUCCUCCAGAAAGGGGCGAUCCCUCGCGACCUCCAUUGCCCGCCUGUGCUGGGACAGCUUCCUCUCGCUGAAAUGGAGAUGCCCCCUUGUACGAACUGCCUAAUUGUUUGGUUCUGAGGCCUGGUUUGCUCUUAAUUCCUGUAUGGACUCCUCAGACCUUAACCUUUUUCCUGAGCUUUCUUUACUGCACUGGAGUUCCAACUCCCUUUGAGUUGUGUGUGGGGGGCGGGGCGGGUUUCGGGUUUUAUCGGUUGAUUUUUGUUUUGUUUGUUUUGUUUUGUUUUUGGCUAAUUGGUGCAUAUUCAGGUACCACCUUUGACGUGUGGAUCUCUCUCCUGACCACCAUGGGAAGUGUCUGCCAGAUUCCAUUUUCUAAGAGUUUCUGAGGGUGAGGCUCUUUAUUUUUUUAAAGGGAGCCAAUCUAUUUCCUGCACUUCAAGAAGAAUUCAAAAUGUUCCUGAAUUUCAAAUACCUCAUGCAAAAAUGUCUCCUGAAAUAAGGGAAAGAAAAAAAAAAAACUUUGAAAAUCUUAAUGUUGGAGUUAGCGAUGCCGAAAGCUUUCUGUCUUAAAAAAAAAAUCCUUAUCAAUUUUGCCCCUCAGGCGGUCAGUUCUGUGGAGAACUGUGUCCUGCGUUACCUCUCAGCGUAUCUCAAGGCGGUGUUACCUCCAGAUCCUGUAGUUAGAGUAACUUUUUCCUUUGCAGCAAAACUCCAUGUUGAUGAAAGAUGAAUUUGGAUAUUUAUUUCCAUUUCUUUUUGGGAAACGAGAGGUUGCAACCAAGACAGCUGAAGGAGAACCACACACACUCGUCCACGGAAACAGCAGGUGGCCAGGGUCCCCUGCGCCCUUUCUGUUUGCGGUGGCCUCUCUGGGCAGGCAAGGGGAGUCAACACGGUCAAGGAUGAAGACACCAUCCAUGAUGCCGAGGCUGUCAUUAGUUUUUCUCUGAAGUGCCUGAAGGUAGGAAUGGGCCAGUGGUUGGGACCAAAUGGGCCCCGCCACCACCAUGCCAGGCAGCGCGCCAGCGGCCCUGCACUCACUGCUGGCCAGGAAGGCCUUCCACACGGAUGAUUUACUGCAGAAAUCCACUUGUGCUCCCCGCCCCGCCGCUGCCCGCCCCGCGGGGCCGCUGCCCCACCUGCCCUGCGCCCCUCGCCCUCCCCCCACCCCAGAAUCUCAGACCGCCAGCCGGCGAGCCAGGGGCAGGAGCCCAGUGAAUGCCUUCUGGGGACACUGGCCCCGUGGCCGAAAGGGCUCCCGGGGCAAACUCACUCCCCGCAAAACUUGACGUUGGGGAGGCUGCGGCUACACAUUCCACAAAGUGCUGGCACUUAACCCAUAACCCGGAAGGCAGUUGACCGACUCAUAGGGUGGUGACCUCCCAUCACAAACGAUGUCAUGGUUUGGAAUGUUCGUUAUGGCCAAGGACCUGGUUAGAGGUAUAAAGACCUUUUUUCACCAUUACCGAAUUUAUUUUCCUCUUGAUUUUUUUUUUUUUUUUGGUGUGUUGUACAGCAGUAUAAUUUUUCACUUAUUUAUUCCAUCGGUAGAUAUGGUUUGUACAAUGUACAAUGGUUCCAUUUCAGAAAAUAAAAAAAUUCAAAUCAUGAA